CAACGACUCCACACACCUUUAGUAUGCCUAAUAAUACUCACGUGAAUCCGAAUCGACGGACCAGAUUUCCUUCGGGCCCACACAGCCUUCUUCCAUCUUUGCCACGUUAUCUAAUAGUGAGAUGUCUCGGCAGCCGCCUUGACCACUGACGCAUGCCCACGUGGCUGCUUCUGGAUAACGGUUAAAAUAAGGUACAAGUCACUAGUAAAGAACAAUCAAACAAAGAUUAAAGAAAAAAUGGCGUGUAACGAUGAAUGUUGACCAGCAUUUCCUUCGUCGUCUUCGGCGGCGGCGGAGUGGUGGUGGCGGAGCGGAACAAGAGCGGAGCGGAGCAGCGGGGUCGCUCGUUGUCCCAUCACGUCAGGGACACUUUCGGCAGUGGAGGAUUCUCACAGUGGGGGUAUUUAUUUGCUGAAUUCUCUAUUCUUUCUGUCCAUUUAGGCCAGCAGAGCGCAAAGAGCACAGUGCGUGGCUUUGACGGUGACUCUUUUGCGCUGUUCUACUGUAACACUGCUGCUGGCUGUUUUCUAGUCUAGGCUGAAUACAACCUCGAGGACGCUUCAUCGGUUCCACAGAAUGUGUGCUUGAUAACCAGUACAAGCAUGAUCCUUUUGAACUUAAGUAACUCUGGAAAUUGCUAUGAGGAAAAGUACAAUUCUCUCAAGGAAAGAAUGUGGAUACUUCAUCAGCUAAUAAUCUAACAUUCUGGAGAUUAUAUAUAGCUGUUGAAAAAUUGAUGGUUUAUCUGAAAUAUGCAUUCUAUGGCGAACUGGCUUGUAUUUCUUAUUCUUCUAUACUGUCCAUGCUUUAUAGCUGCAACAAAUGCUGAAGGUCAAGCAUUACUUGAACUCAAAGCAGGACUAAAGGAAUCUACAGACUUACUUGGAACUUGGGAUCCAAAUUUAGUGGAACCCUGCACUAGUUGGUCUCACAUCACCUGCAGUGGAGGACAUGUUACAGCUGUGCACUUGGAAUCUAUGGGAUUUUCAGGUACCUUAUCCCCUCGUAUUGGCGAGCUGACGUACCUCAAUAUCCUAGGACUAGAGGAUAAUCACAUAUCUGGUAGCCUACCACCAGAACUUGGUAACAUGACAAAUCUACAAAAUUUGAAUCUGUCAAACAAUGAUUUCACUGGAGAUAUCCCUAGCUCAUUGGGUCGGCUGUCUUAUCUUCAGUACUUAGUGCUAAAAAACAACAAUCUCACAGGAGAGAUACCAUCUUCAAUAACAAAGAUUUCAACUUUGAUAGAAGUGGACUUGUCUUUUAAUGAUCUCACUGGACAAAUCCCAGAAGCCCUAUUUCAAAGACCUGAAUACAAUUUCUCGGGUAAUAAACUUAAUUGUGGUUCAAAUUUACAGCACCCAUGUGCUUCUACUCUCAAUUCAAAUUCAGGUGGUUCCAAAUCAAUAGUUGGAGUCCUGAUUGGAAGUAUUGGAGGGACAGUUGUAGUUUUGACAUGCUUUAUCUUCCUUUUGUGGAAGUGUUGGUGGUUGCGCUACAGGAAAGAGAUUUUUGUUGAUGUUUCUGGUGAGGAUGACAGAAAGAUUUCUUUUGGGCAGUUGAAGAGGUUUUCAUGGCGUGAAUUGCAGCUUGCAACAGAUGAUUUUAGUGAGAAGAAUGUGCUUGGACAGGGAGGUUUCGGUAAAGUAUAUAAAGGAGUACUUGGAGAUAACACCAAGGUUGCAAUUAAACGAUUGACUGACUAUAACAGCCCUGGUGGAGAAGCUGCAUUUUUGCGGGAAGUUGAGAUGAUUAGCGUGGCAGUUCACCGUAACCUUCUAAGAUUGAUAGGAUUUUGUAUUGCUUCUUCUGAAAGGCUUCUUGUUUAUCCUUUCAUGCAAAACCUCAGUGUUGCAUACCGUCUACGUGAGCUUAAACCUGGGGAGAAGGGACUGGACUGGCCCACUCGGAAACAUGUAGCUUUUGGUGCAGCACGUGGUUUGGAGUACCUUCACGAGCAUUGCAAUCCAAAGAUUAUUCACCGAGAUUUAAAGGCUGCCAACAUUUUGCUAGAUGAAGACUUUGAAGCAGUAGUUGGUGAUUUUGGACUAGCAAAGCUGGUUGAUACUAAAAAAACUCAUGUUACGACACAAGUUCGUGGGACCAUGGGUCACAUUGCUCCAGAGUACUUAUCAACUGGAAAGUCAUCAGAGAAGACAGAUGUAUUUGGGUAUGGCAUUAUGCUUUUGGAACUUGUCACAGGACAGCGUGCUAUAGACUUUUCGCGCCUUGAAGAAGAAGAUGAUGUGUUACUACUUGAUCAUGUCAAAAAGUUGCAAAGAGAGAAGAGGCUGGAUGUUAUUUUAGACAGAAAUCUGAAGCAGAACUAUGAUCCAAAAGAAGUUGAAGCAGUAAUCCAAGUCGCAUUAUUAUGCACACAAACCUCACCUGAGGACCGGCCCAAGAUGACAGAAGUUGUACGAAUGUUGGAAGGAGAAGGCCUGGCAGAGCGCUGGGAGGAAUGGCAGCAACUUGAAGUGACUCGCUGGCAAGAAUACACAGUAUUGCCUCGAAGAUUUCAGUGGACUGAGGAUUCUACAUAUAACCAGGAGGCCAUUGAGCUUUCUUCGGCAAGAUGAUUGUAUAGUUUUUCUGAUUUGUUAUUUUUAUAUAUUAGUAAUUCAUAGAAUACCAUUGUCAAAAUUCCAAAAUGAUUUACUGAGAGUAUGAGUUUAUCUCAUAACCUAUCAAUCAACUUCUAUAGAUUGUGGGGCUCACAUGUCAUCAUUUAUUUGAAGGGGAUUUUUUUCCUUA